AUGUCCUCGAUUGCUAAGAAUAACAAGGACGUUUUCACUUUGUUUGACAAGAAAGGUCAAGGUUCGAUUACAAAGCCUCAAUUCGGUGACUAUUUGAGAGCUAUUGGUUACAACCCUACAAAUUCACAAGUAGAAGAGAUACUCAGUGGUAGUUCUCAAGAUGCUUUAACUCUAGAAGAUAUCAUGUCAUUAAUUGAAUCUAAUCAACAAAUGUUAGAUGAUACUACUAAUGGUAAAGUUGAAGAUUUUAUUAAAGCAUUUCAAGUAUUCGAUAAAGAAAAUACUGGGAAGGUCACUGUUGGUGAUAUUAGAUAUAUGUUGACUGGAUUAGGUGAUAAAUUACCUGAUGAAGAAGUCGAUGAAUUAUUGAAAGGUGUAGAGAUUGAUUCAGAUGGUGGAAUCGAUUACAGAAAAUUCAUGGAAGAUAUAUUAAGACAAUAA